AUGAGCGGCCGAGUUGGGGACCUGAGCCCCCAGCAGCAGGAGGCGCUGACCCGGUUCCGGGACAACCUUCAGGACCUGCUCCCCACACUGCCCAAGGCUGAUGACCACUUCCUCCUGCGCUGGCUCCGAGCCCGGAACUUUGACCUGCAGAGAUCAGAGGACAUGCUCCGUAAGCAUGUGGAGUUCCGCAAGCAACAGGACCUGGACAACAUCCUCAAGUGGAAGCCCUCAGAGGUGGUCCAGCGGUACGACGCCGGCGGCCUGUGCGGCUACGACUACGAGGGCUGCCCCGUGUGGUUCGACAUCAUCGGGACCAUGGACCCCAAGGGCCUCCUCCUAUCAGCCUCCAAGCAGGAGCUGAUCCGGAAGCGCAUCAGGGUCUGCGAGCUGCUUUUGCACGAGUGUGAGCAGCAGAGUCAGAAGCUGGGCAGGAGGGUCGACACAGCCGUGAUGGUCUUUGACAUGGAAGGGCUGAGCCUGAGACACCUCUGGAAGCCAGCAGUGGAGGUUUACCAGCAGUUUUUUGCCAUUCUGGAAGCAAAUUAUCCAGAGACGAUGAAGAAUUUAAUUGUUGUUCGAGCCCCCAAGCUGUUCCCCGUGGCCUUCAACUUGGUCAAGUCGUUCAUGGGUGAGGAGACCCGAAGGAAGAUGGUGAUUAUGGGAGGCAACUGGAAGCAAGAGUUGCCUAAGUUCAUCAGCCCUGACCAGCUGCCCGUGGAGUUCGGGGGGACCAUGACUGACCCCGACGGCAACCCCAAGUGCCUGACCAAGAUCAACUACGGGGGCGACGUGCCCCAGCAUUACUACCUGUGCAACCACGUGAGGGUGCAGUAUGACCACCAGGCGACCGUGGGCCGAGGCUCCUCCCUGCAGGUGGACAACGAGAUCCUGUUCCCGGGCUGUGUGCUCAGGUGGCAGUUCGCGUCGGAUGGAGGGGACAUCGGCUUCGGGGUUUUCCUGAAGACCAAGAUGGGGGAGCGGCAGCGGGCCGGAGAGAUGACGGAGGUGCUGGCCAGCCAGCGCUACAAUGCCCACAUGGUGCCGGAGGACGGGAGCCUCACCUGCACGGAAGCCGGCGUCCACGUCCUGCGCUUCGACAACACCUACAGCCUGAUACACGCCAAGAAGAUCAGCUACACCGUAGAGGUGCUGCUGCCCGACAAGGCCUCUGAGGAGAAGAUUCAGGGUCUCGAGGACUCAAGACAGUCCCCACUGCAGUGA